GCCAGUCUCGACGUGGAAAGAAGAAGCCAUCAUUUACGAUUAAAUUUUCUUGCGACGAGGAUGGGUAAGCAGGAGAGCACAGGGAUGGUGUAUCUGCCUAAACAGCCACAUGCCCCUCCCGCCGGAAGUUUCAAGACAUGAAUUUGGAAAGUAGUAGUAGUGAGGAGGCGGGAAAAAUCGACGAUGGGUGGUCGAGUGCCAAGAGGCGAACGCCUCUUGGCGAAGGCAUCCAGAGGCUUGGUGACGACGACUGCUUAUCGGUACCGUACCGUCCGUUUGCACCCAAUUAUAUAAGAGUCCCAGCUGCCGCCGGGGACCAAAAUCUUUCUUCUCUUCCAACACACAACAGGCAUCCUCACCACAACACCACCAUCUCCUGCCUGGACCUUGAACCACAGGACUGUGAGCGAAGCACGACGGCGUCUUUCUAAGAGAACACGCCAAUUCCAUGCACCCACACUGGUAACGGCACACACAGCAACGAAAAUCAUGACGGUCGACAUGGAGAACCGGACCGACACCAUGGAGACCAAGGUGCCCUCUCCAACCAACGAGAAGCAGCAGCAGUCGAAAGAUGACAAGACAGGGAACAAUUCAUCGGGGCCAGCAGACGCGCCCAAUGGUGACCCCGACAAGGCGCCGCAGGGCCCCAUCGAGGAGCAAGAGGCUCUCGAGCACGCAUACCUCUAUCCGAUCCAGCCGAUCCUCGACGCAUUUGGUGUCGACUCGCAAAAGGGACUCAAGGAGUCGCAGGUCAAGGCACAGAGGGAAAAAUACGGCCAGAACAUGCUCGAGGGUGGCGACGAAAUCAGCCUCGUCAAGAUUAUGAUCCACCAGAUUGCCAACGCUAUGACUCUCGUCCUCAUUCUUGCGUUUGCCGUGUCACUGGGGAUCAAGUCGUGGAUCGAGGGCGGCGUGCUGGCCUUUGUGGUCCUCGUCAACAUCUUUGUCGGAUUCUUCCAAGAACUGAGUGCCGAAAAGACGACUGCCGCCCUCAAGAAUCUGGCUUCGCCCACCGCGCGUGUCAUCCGAGGCGGCCACACGUCGACGAUCCCCGCUGCCGAAGUCGUUCCGGGCGACAUUAUCGAGCUCGUCACCGGUGACACCCUCCCCGCCGAUAUCCGAAUCGUCGAGGCAAUGAAUUUUGAGACCGACGAGGCUCUCCUCACCGGCGAGUCGCUCCCAGUCGCCAAGGACGGCUGCCAGGCCUACGGCAACAACGAUGGAAAACCCGUCGACGUCGGUGUGGGAGACCGCCUCAACAUGGGCUACUCAUCCAGCUCCGUCACAAAAGGCCGAGCGACGGGCAUCGUCGUUGGCACAGGCAUGAGAACAGAGAUUGGGAGGAUCGCAGACGCACUCCGAGGCGCUGCUCGUGCCCAAAAGGUCCGCGAGGUCAAGCGAAACGCCCACGGUAAAGCCCUGCCUCAUCGUUAUGUUCAAGCGGGUGCUCUGACGGUGUGGGACAAGCUCGCGCGCUUCCUCGGCUUGACAAAGGGCACGCCCCUCCAGCGCAAGCUGUCUUCGCUGGCCAUCGUCCUCUUCUUCAUUGCGGUCUUGUUUGCAAUCGUCGUCUUCCUGGCCAACCUCACUGGCAACACGUCGCCCUGGGCCUCGCAGGAGGUGGCCAUCUAUGCAGUCGCCACUGGUGUCUCGAUGAUUCCCGCCUCACUCACGGCCGUCCUGACGCUCACAAUGGCCAAGGGUGGCAAGGCCAUGGUCAAGAGGAACGUCAUUGUGCGCAAGCUCGAGUCCCUCGAGGCCAUCGGCGGCAUCACCGACAUUUGCAGCGACAAGACGGGCACCCUCACGCAGGGUAAGAUGGUCCUCAGAAAGGCGUGGGUGCCUGCCACGGGCACCUACACCGUCUCGGAGACGAACGAGCCCUUCAAUCCCACCGAGGGCGAGGUGACUCGGUCCGAAACGGAGCCUCGCAAGCAGGAGCGGGACGAGAAUGGCAAGGAAGUAGUCGUCAACAAAGGCGAAGGAGACGAAGUGGAGACGGUCACGGAUGGAAAUGCAGGUCCGAGCCGCAUCGAGGGCGAGGCAAAGUUUGUCAACUUCAUGAACGUCUCGUCGCUGUGCAACCUGGCCAAGGUCUUCAAGGACAAGGAGUCGGACGAGUGGGUGGCACAUGGUGACCCAACCGAGUGCGCCAUCCAGACGUGGGCCUGCCGCUUCGGGUGGGGCCGCAAGGCGCUCACCAACAUGGAUGACGGCGAGUCGGACGAAAAGAAGAGAAAGGCACCCUGGAAGCAGAUUGCAGAGUAUCCCUUUGACAGCAGCGUCAAGCGCAUGGCCGUCACGUACCACCACAAGGAGACGGGAAGGGACCUUGCGUUUAUGAAGGGCGCCGUCGAGCGCGUCCUCGAUGCAUGCACCAGGGCGCAGAUGCGCGACGACGAUGUUGAAAUCACCGAGGAGUUCAAGGCUGAGGUCCUCGAGAACAUGGAGGCGCUCGCUGCGACCGGACUCCGAGUCUUGGCGCUGGCCAUGCGACCGCUCAAGGCCGACGAGGCAUCUCAGGGCGCUGACCUGGAGCGCGAACAGGUCGAAUCGGGCAUGACUUUCCUCGGCUUGGUUGGACUCUACGAUCCUCCCAGGCCCGAGACUGCUGGCGCCGUACAGGUCUGCAAGCGCGCCGGUAUCAAGGUUCACAUGCUCACCGGCGACCACCCGGGCACAGCCAAGGCCAUCGCCCUCGACGUCGGUAUCGUUCCCCGCAACACGAAGAACUACUCGCAGAAGGAGCUCGACGCCCUCGUCAUGACCGCAUCUCAGUUCGACAAGCUCUCCGAGCACGAGAUCGACGAGCUGCCGCAGCUGCCCCUCGUCAUUGCGCGGUGCGCUCCGCAGACCAAGGUGCGCAUGAUCGAGGCUCUUCACCGACGAGGACGCUUCUGCGCAAUGACUGGUGACGGUGUCAACGACUCGCCGAGCCUCAAGAUGGCUGACGUGGGCGUUGCCAUGGGCCAGGCCGGCUCUGACGUGGCAAAGGACGCCUCCGACAUCGUCCUGACCGAUGACAACUUUGCCUCGAUUGGAAACGCAAUCGAAGAGGGCAGGCGUAUGUCUGACAACAUCCGCCGGUUUGUACUGCAUCUUCUUGCUCAAAACGUCGCUCAGGCCGCCCUGCUCCUCAUCGGUCUCGCCUUCAAGGAUGGCUCCGGAUUUUCCGUCUUUCCUAUUUCGCCCGUCGCCAUCAUGUGGGUCAUCAUGAUCACAUCUGCGCUUCCCGCCAUCGGCCUCGGUCUCGAAAAGGCAAAUGCCGGCGUCAUGAAGCGACCUCCCGACGAUCUCUCUCACGGCAUUCUUCCUCCUGAGCUGAUGCUUGAUUGCGCAGUGUACGGCCUCUUGAUGGCUGCUCUGUGCUUGGCAACGUUCACCAUCUCUCUCUACGGCUUCGGCCCAUCGUACCUCGGCGACGGCUGCAAUGGGUCAUACAACGACACAUGCGAGCCCGUCUUUCUCGCUCGCGGCGCCACCUGCACCGUCAUGGUCUGGUUUUCGCUCCUGCUCGCCUGGGAGGUCCUCGACCUCCGCCGCUCCUUCUUCAACAUGCGCUCGGGCCACAAGUGGUAUUCGCAGUGGUUCUUCGACGCUUACCAGAACAAGAUCCUCUUCUUCUCCGUCCUCUUUGGAUUCGCCUCGAGCUUUGUCAUCCUCUACGUGCCUGUCAUCAACAGUGACGUCUUCCUCCAGAAGGGCAUCUCGUGGGAGUGGGCCGUCGUCUUUAUUGCGACCAUCAUCUUUGUCGGCGGCAUCGAGCUGUGGAAGUUCGGAAAGCGUGCCUACUUCCGGAAGCAGACAAAGGCACUCGAGAAGCAGCAGCAGAAGGACGGCGACGUGGAGACAAAGGGUGCCAUGGACUCGAUGUCGCCCACGCCCGAUUCGCCAAGGUCCGAGGCUGCCCCUAGACAGCAGCAGCAGGAGAGCGGCAAAUUGAGCGAGAAGAGCGCUGCUUAG